AUGGAGGAGGAUUCUUCCUGCGAUGGGGCCGAGGGGGAAGAGUGCGACUCAGCAACACCAGGAUCGCCAGCACCGGCAUGGAUGGGCGAGUCGACCGCGGCAACAGCGCCGGGGCCCCCGACGAAUGCAACGGGAGUUCCGACGAAGGGAACACCGGGGGUAGCGACACGACGGGAGAGCGGCUUGCAGCGACGGGAGAGCGGCUUGGAGAGUGCCUUGAGUGAGGACGAGAGGGGGGGCACCGUCGCCGCCCCCGCCGCCGCCGGAGGGGGGGGGUCUGCGGGCGGGGGGCGGGGUGAGAGCGCGGUCGCUCUGCUGGCGAGUGUUGUGGCCAUGCUCAGAGAGCAGCCGGGACCAUUUAGCCCCAAUCCAGCGAGGCGGGGAGUGUCGUUUCGUUGCGGUGAGGCGUGUGGUGGGUACGGGAGUCCGGGUCAAGAAUCCUGGUUUUGUUUUCCGAAAGUUCGAAUGUCCUACACAUCAUCAUUACCAACAGGUGCACCUCCCUCCGCACUGACGCAAUCAUGA